CUCGCUCCUUUCAGUACUCCCCACUUGCCCCCGUUGACAUCAACACUCUCUCAUCUUUUCACUUUCUCUCUCUACUAGCAAAAUCACUCUCUGGAGAUGCAAGGACUGCGACGUUGCUCCAACGACGCCGUCCACCUCGACCUCACCCCUCCUUCUCCUCCUCCUCCUCCUCCUCCUCCCCCAACCUCUUCCACUUCUUUAUCCUUUGACGCUGUCGAAUCUGCUGAGACUCGAAUCCAACGCCUUAUAUCAGAGCAUCCGGUCAUCAUAUUCUCUCGAUCUUCGUGCUGCAUGUGCCACGUCAUGAAGAAGUUGCUCGCCACCAUCGGUGUCCACCCUACUGUCAUCGAGUUAGAUGACCAUGAGAUCUCUGCUCUCCCUCUUCCACCUCCCUCUCACGAUAACGAUGAUGCCCCUCGCAAUCUUGCUCCCGCCCUCUUCAUUGGUGGAACUUGCGUUGGCGGCCUCGAGUCCCUCGUCGCUCUCCACCUCAGCGGCCACCUCGUCCCAAAGCUCGUCGAAGUUGGAGCUCUGUGGGUAUGAUGAAUAUUAAUUACAAAGCCAAGUGAAAUAUGUGAUUUUCAUGUUAGAUUUGGGUUUCUCUAUGACUGUUUACUGUUAGUGGACAUAAAAUUAGCUAGGGCAGGAAUAAUUUUUCUGUUUAAUUAUUAUUAUUAUUA